AUAGAUGAGUUUUUUGUGGUCCUUAUGCUAAUUAGAUUGGGUCUGCCGUUAGAGGACUUAGCAUAUAGAUUUUGUAUAUCAACAACAUGUGGUGAUAUUUUCAAUAGGUGGAUUGAUUAUCUAGAUAAUCAGUUAUCUGUUCUUGUCAUGUGGCCCAGCAGAGAUGUCAUAGAUUGCAAUAUGCCUGAAAUUUUUAAAAAUAAGUUUCCGACAACAAGAGUCAUCAUAGAUGCUACAGAGAUUCGAACGGAGACACCUUCAUCAUUAAAGUUAAAAUCUUUAAUGUACAGUGACUACAAAUCACAUGACCUGGAAAUCUUUAAUUAG